AUGGUCCCUGCUAAUGUUGUUUUGGCAAAGGCGACUAACUAUAUCACUAUCUCAGUCGACAAAUUACCCACAAAAGAGAAACCUAUCUGGGUCAAAUGGAUUCCCCCACCAAGAGACCACUAUAAGCUUAACACUGAUAUGAUUGCUAUUGGGAAUCCGGGCAAGGGAUGCGUCAUGCAACACACUACUAACACACAAGCAGAACUUCUUGUUGUGUUGAGAGGAUUGCAGAUUGCUGAAGAAAUAGGGCUAACACUACUGGAAAUCAACACAGAUUUUACUGAGGUAAUAAAAAUGCUUAACAAUGAAAAUCAUGUAUUUGACUCAGUUAAUUUUGAAUGCAAGUCAAUUAUCCUAAGGCUAGAAGACGUAGUGGUGAAGUACAGUUACAGGGAGACGAAUAAAGCAGCUGACCUGUUAGCAAAGAAGGGUGCUAAGAAGGAAUUUUUUGAUAGACUUUAUUUAACAACAGUUCAUUCGGUGUUUGCUAAUCAUGCUUUUUAG